AUGGACAAGGAUAUCCUUUCUCUCUCCCCCAACCACCCCAAGCCCGGAGAGUCGUGUCCUCCAAUCACCUUGAAGGUUACCAAAUUCUACAAGGGUGGAAUGAUGCUCUGCUUCUCGACUCACCAUGCCAUUUUCGAUGGGGGGUUCAUCAGAACCUUCCUGGAGUUCUUUGGUAAAGAGACUGAAAAGAUUCCGGGCCAGACCUUUGUUCGCGAGCACACGAGCAGGCCGAAUAUGGAUCACCAUACAAGAACCGACAUCACGAAUCAUGUGUUCCCUGAGUAUGACUUCACAACCGACACAGACCUCGUCUCCGGCAUGAACAGGCUCAACAUGAGCAGCACAGCCAUGGCUCAGACCCAGACGCCCCCUCGUGCUGUCUGCGUUCUGUUCAAGCUCCAGAACUCUACCCUCCAAAUGCUCCAUGGCCGCGCCCUCACUGAACUCCGCGACAAGUACGGCCCUGACGCCUUUGUCUCCAUGGUCGACACCCUCUCUGCCGUCGUCUGGGUUCACACCACCCGCGCACGCCUGCCUCACCUUAACCUAGCUGAUAAGACAUCCUUCACCACAGCCGCCGACGCCCGCGCCCGUCUCUCCCCUACCUUCUCUGCCGACUCCUGGGGCAAUGUAUACACGCAGACCAGCGCCAGCACCAGCGUCCAGGACCUGGUCCAGGCCUGGGGUAGCAUAAACAGUGACUCGACUCCCGCCAUUGUUGCCGCCGCCUGGCGUAUUCGCCAGGCCGUAAGCCAGGUGAGCACGCCUGGUUAUAUCCCUUCACGUAUCGCUCUUGCCGCCUCCCUUGCUGACCCUCUCAUGGAGGGCGUAGCCUUCCGUAAAGCGCUGCAGCCCAACCAUACUGGUCUGGGAUGCAGCGUCUGGACGCACAUGGGCGCAGACGUCGACUUUGGCAUUCCUGGCACCAAAGGCAAAGCAGACUAUAUCCGUAAGACGUGGUCGGCCAAUGAUGGAAGCAUGAAUAUCAUGCAACGCCGUGGCAUUACAAAGGGUGAGGCGCCCUGGGAGGUGCUCUUGGCUCUCCGGGAGGAUGAUAUGGAGAGGAUCUGCGCUCCUGCCGAGCUUGGCCGCUGGAUCAGCUCGUGGUGCGCCUAA